AUGUUCAAAUUGUUGGUAUUAUCUGCUCUCAUUGCCUUGGCUGUGGCCCGUCCCAGUGGUCUGGUUGCUUCAGCACCCUAUGUAACCUAUAAUCAACCUACAGUUGCCAUACAUCAACCUGCCUUGGCCACAGUUGGAGCUGUAGUCCAUACCGUUCCCACUUCGGUGUCACAUGCUAGUCAUUCUGUAGUUCAUAAAUCGGCUCAUGUUGUUCAGGACGUUGUCGCCCCAGUGGUCAGAACUUCAUAUGUAACACCCGUUUUGCGAACUGUUUCGGCUCCAGUAUAUCAUGGCGGUUAUGUUUCAUCAUCUCCAUAUGGUACCUAUGCUGCUUCACCAUAUUCUCGUGUAUAUUAA